AUGCUCGCCCUCACGCUCUUCCCUCUCCUUGCAGCCGCCUGGCAGAUACCUCUUUUGCCUCCAGAAUCUCAUCUUUGGGGAUUACGAGACAGACUCGUCCACGUCCUGCCAGAAAUCGAAGCCCUCAAAGACAUCGGCGGCACGACUGGCAUCUCCAUCGGCGUCAUGAGCCACGGAAGCGUCCUUCUAGAAACCAACCUCGGCUUCGCCGACGUCGAGCACCGUCUCGUACCAAACUCCAGCACGAGAUACCCCGUCGCGUCCCUCACAAAGGCCUUUACCGCCGUGACGAUCGCGCAGCUGGUCGACGAGGGUCUUCUCAACUGGGAUGAGCCCCUGACCAGCUACAUCCCCGAGCUCUCGUUUGAGCAAGAUCCAUCCCUCGCCGGCCAACUCUCCCUCGUCGACAUCCUAUCUCACCGGACGGGACUUGUUCAACUCGAUAACCUCUGGCUAGGCGCCAACAGCCAAACCUUGGUGGCCAAGAACUUUACAGUUUCGCUGUGUAAUCACUUGGCACCCAUGUAUCCCGUGAGAUCGCAGUGGCUCUACAACAACUGGAUGUAUGCGCUGGCCGGCGAGGUUAUUGAGAGAGUUACGAAUCAAUCCUGGGGCCGAGUGCUCUCUUCCCGAGUGUUAAACCGGCUCCAGCUCUCACAUACCACAACCAUCGCCUCUGAGAUCCCACCAGACUCUCUUGCGCUGCCAUAUGUCGUCCUCGACGACUUGACGCCAGUACGCGUUGCCAGUUUCGACCUCACCGACGGCAGCGCCUUGUCUACCGCGGGCGGCAUCCGCAGCACCGUCGGCGAUCUUCUCACCUGGGGCAACGCCCUCCUUUCCGUCUUCCGCAACGGCGAGACACCCCUCGCCCUUCUCGACACCGUCUUCGCUGGCCGCAGCUUCAUGAACAGCACCGCCACACCGGACGAGCUUUACACAAUGGGCUUCGUAAAAGUCAUGACCCCGACACAAAUCGGCACCUUGGGUCCCAACCCCAGCCUAGUCGACGCCAUGCCCGUGAUAGGGACCAACUCGAAGCCCCAACAAGUCUUCUAUCACAGCGGCGCCCUCCCUGGUUACAACCACUGCUUCAUACUGGUCCCAGAGUCUCAGUCCGUCAUAGUCGUCCUAUCCAACUCCAUCUCCCAAGGAGAAACCCCCUGCUGGAUCGCCCAAUCUCUCCUCCAAGCCGUCUUGAACGAAAAGCACCCCCUCAACAUAACUCAAUACGCAGAGCAAGCCGCCUCCAAAUGGAGAACAAUCCACCAAGGAAUCGAACAAGCUCUCGAAAAGGGCCGCAAGCCGAACUCGCCAGAACCCAUACACAAGACCCUCCUAGGCAAGUACUGGCACAAAACCCGAGCGGUAUAUCUCGACGUAUUUCAGCAAGACGGCGCCUUGAAAUUCAACAUCAACGGCAAGCCAGAGUAA